CUCUGUCUUAGCAGAUUGCUGUCUGCCAUGUACCCACGAGUUAUCUUGAAGGAAACGAUGAUCAAGAAAUCCCAGCAGAAGAGAAGGACUUCACCAUGCAACUAUAAGCAGAGGUUUUUUGUCCUAGACACACAGGACUUGAAAUAUUCUGAACGCCGUCCCGGGAAAAAGCCAAUACUAAAGGGCUGCAUAGAGUUGUCUGCAAUCAAGUGUGUUGAGAUUGUGCAUAGUGACGCCCCUAUACCAUGCAGCAACAAAUACCCUUUCCAGGUGUUUCAUGACAACCUUUACCUCUAUAUUUUUGCCCCGGACAACGAUUGCCGUCAGAGAUGGGUCAGAGCUCUGAAGGAGGAGACGAAGUAUAAUGACUUGGUUGUAAAUUACCACCCAAACUUCUGGAUGGAUGGAAGAUGGAGAUGCUGCCAUCAGACAGAGAAGCUGGCGAAAGGUUGUCAAGAAUAUGACCCAAUAAGUUAUGUUUCUAAAAAGCCCCUCCCCAAGAUACGGGAAGAAGAGGGGACUCCGCAUUACCAGCUGCAGAAGUUGGUCGUGGCUCUCCAAGACUUCACACCCUUUGGAGACCAUGACUUGCCCCUUCAGAAAGACCAGGAAUACGUCGUGAUAGACAGCUCCCACUCUGACUGGUGGAAAUUACAGGAUGACAUGGGGAACACAGGCUUCGUACCCAGCACAUAUAUAGCUGAAAUAUCUGGCACCGACUUUCACAGAUUUAAGUGGUACAGUAAAGAAAUUGACAGAGGUCAAUCAGAGGAGCUCUUAAUGAAAGAGGGAAAGGAAGGUGCAUUCAUUGUGCGUGACUCAAGACUUGCAGGGGUCUACACAGUGUCGGUCUUCACCAAAGCACCAGGGUCUAAUGGGGAGAAGAAUCCGAGAGUGAAGCACUACAAAAUCAGAGAGACAGACACGGAGGAAAACAAGUUUUACCUGGCAGAGAAGUACCUGUUCAAGACUAUCCCCGAGCUCAUCCAUUACCACCAACACAACGCUGCGGGUCUGAUCACACGUCUCAGACACCCUGUCUCCAAACACAGAACCGGCUCCCCAGACCUUGGCAAACACCCCACAGAUCAGUGGGAGGUGGACCGAGAAGAACUGAGCUUGGGGCAAGAGAUUGGCAGUGGGCAAUUUGGGCUUGUUCUGGAGGGGAACUGGAGAGACAAGAAGGUGGCCAUUAAGAUGGUGAGAGAAGGGGCCAUGUCAGAGGAUGAGUUCACAGAGGAGGCAAGGGUUAUGACGAGGCUGUCCCACAGUAAGCUGGUUCAGUUGUAUGGCGUAUGCACCCAGCAUUCUCCUAUGUGUCUGGUGUUUGAAUUUAUGGAGAAUGGUUGCCUGUCAGACUACCUCCAAGCCAGAAGAGGGCAUCUAUCUAGGGACACCAUGCUAGGGAUGUGUUUGGAUAUCAGUGAUGGCAUGGCAUACCUAGAGCGGUCCAACUUCAUCCACAGAGAUCUGGCUGCGAGGAACUGUCUGGUUUCAAAUUGCAAUGAGGUUAAGGUGUCUGAUUUUGGCAUGACAAGAUUUGUUCUUGAUGACCAGUACACUAGCUCCCACGGCUCCAAGUUCCCCGUCAAGUGGUCGGCUCCAGAGGUCAUCAGAUACAGCAAGUUCAGCAGCAAGUCUGAUGUCUGGUCAUUUGGUGUGUUAAUGUGGGAGGUGUACAGUGAGGGCCGUAUGCCCUAUGAGCACCGUACUAAUGCAGAGGUGGUGGACUCCCUGAACGCAGGCCUGCGGCUGCUGAAGCCCCGCCUGGCCCCAGAUGAUAUCCAACAGCUCAUGGAGUGGUGUUGGAAGGAGAAACCGGAGGACCGUCCAUCCUUUGCUCUCCUGCUGCACGAGUUGGCUUCCCUUUCAGACCUGUGACCCAAACAAGUUUGUUUUGAAUCUGAUUUACAGUAGUAUACAACACAAAUGUAUUUAUCUAAUUUAUUUACCGAUUUUUAUUUUGUGUCAAAUACUUUUUCACUGUAUAAAACAAGUUUUAGUUGUUGGAGUGCUGGAUUAUUGUAAUGUACAGAUCAUUCUUGGGAGUUUUCCGAGUUUUUGAGGGCAUGUUAAAUUCUUUUUUUGCCCUUUAGAGGGCGCACGCAAACCACACACAUUGCUGAGUUUAUGACCAGUCCCACAAGCUUUUCAAGCAGAGAAGUUUCAUAUGUUAAUAGUCUAUAUAUUGCUAAUUAUAUAUGUUGCUAAUUAUAUUACAUCUCAACUGCCUUUGCCACCAUUGCUGGUGUUUUAUUAUUUUGCAUUUUUCUUUCACAUAAGAUGAUGAUAGUCUUUUAAGUUAAAGGAAAAUUGACAAGGUAAAUGAAAAAAAAACGUUGUGCUAAACUUUAAAGUACUUUGAAUAAUUUCCUCUGUCUGUCUUACAUUUUGUAUAUGUAGUCAUACGUCUUUCUCUGAUUACAGUAAAUGAUAUUUGCUGUUCUAAAUAGAAAUAUUCAUUAUGAUGAUUAUUCCAGAGAUUAUCAUUGUGGGUGUAUGGGGAAAGAAGCCAGAGGUUACUAGACAUUAGUUGUAAUAACAUUUCAAAUUAUAUGUUCUUAAUGAAAUAAUUAGAUUUGGGGGAGGGGUUUCCAGCCCUUCCAAAAAGUGUUUGAGU